AUGGAGUGGUUAUUGAUAUUUGUUUUUUAUUUGAUUGAUUUGGGUGGAAGCCUCGGGGUCCUUCCUUUUUUGGGGAUCAGUGAGGUGGACUAAAAUGUUUUUAAAAAUGUAACUUUGUUUAUGUUUUUGAUAUAUUAAAAGAUUUUUAAAAAAAAGACACUAGGGGCGCUGUGUGGGUAAAACAAGGAAGCAAAAGAGCUACGAAAUUGUUUGAGAGAAAUUCGACGAAAAAGUGAAUUUUGAGCAGUGAUCAGUUGGGUUUGUCUGGUCGAAAAACCCCCCCUACAGUACAGCUGUUGGGGGAGAACAGUAAACAAGGAGAACGAUGGCUGGGAAGCCUGAAACAUCUAAAGAUAGCAGCGUGCAUUCAGGAAUGCUAGGAAUGCAGUUCGGGAAAGGCUGGAAGCCGGAAUUGGAGGAGGUGGCCGCAGCGGAGGUGAAGAGUGACUUAAAUGAAGUAGAAAAACAAAAAGAAAACCGACAGUUUAGAGGAGAUUAAAGAGAAGAAUAAGCUGGUGGAGACAGAAGAAAGGAAAAAAAUGGAAGAGGGGAGUUUAAACCUCGGCUCCGCGGACAUAGCCGCCGCUGCUGUGGUGGAAGAAAUAGCGAGUGACAGCGAGGCAGCUGGAACGGAGGAGAAAGAAGCAGAGAAGCUGAGAAACACAACGGUUGCACUGCAGAGGACUCCCCAAGCUAAAAAAGCAGAGGGGGAGGCGGAGGGAAGGAGGAAGGCAGGAGAAGGUACGUCGGGAGAGAAGAUGUCAGCGGGGAGAAAGAACCCGGAAAUGAAGGGUGGAGCGGAGCAGAGAAAAAGGAGAACGACGCUGGAAAUGAGAGUGGAAAGGAGAAAGGCGGUGGAGGAAUCCCCAGAGAUGAAAGAAAGGGAGAGGAGGAAGGAGGACGGCCCAACGAUGAAAGAAAGGAGAAAAAUAAAGAUGAAAAAAGGCAGCGGGAGACGGAGAGAAGGAGGCGGCGGGGGAAGAGUAUAGACAGGAGCUCACGCUGAAAGUGUCAAUGGAAGGAGUAAAUAUAAUUCUCACAAUGAUGGACAUGCUGAUAGGGGUGCAGGAGCAGUGUGGAAGAGUGCUGGCAUGCAGGAUGAGGGGGGUGAGAGAAUAUGAGAUAACAAUGAAGACGGAGGAGGGGAGAGAUUCACUGCUGGAGGGUGUUAGAGUGAAGGGAGUUUUGAUAAGCGCUAGGAAACUAAGUGAGAAUGAGGUGACAGUCUCAUUCAUGUAUUUACCUGCGUACAUUGGGGAUGGCGUAAUAUUAGAGAGAUUACGGGAGUGGGGGGUGGAGCCAGUGUCGAGGAUUCAUAGGAGGAAAAUCCAGGGGACACAGGUGGCUGACGGGACCAGAUAUUUGAGAGUAUUAUUAAAAGGGGAGGUGCACUCCCUCCCUUACUCAACAAAAUUAAGGGUGGCUGGAGGGGAGGAAUAUUUCAGCGUAAAGCAUGAUGGGCAGAGGCAGGUAUGCAGGAAUUGCCUAAAACCAGGGCAUAUCUACAGGGAGUGCCCGAUGAUUAAAUGUUACAAGUGUAAGGGGGAGGGGCACCGGGCAAGGAGAGAUGGGUGGGAAGAGAAGCGCGGAGGCAUGGGUGGUGAGGGAUGGAGCGAGGAGUUCCCCCCCCGGCGGGCCCUUAACCAGGGCCACCCCCAACCUGCCCUCAGAAGCCCCAAAAAACCCCUCCUCGCAACCCCCCCACCCACCCCUAUGAGUGAGGGAGAGGAAGAGGCGGAGCCAGAAGAGAAAGGAGGUGCCGAUGACACGAGGAAGAAAGGAAGAGCAAGGUCAGAAAGUGGUGAGGAGGAGGAAAAGAGUGAAGAGGAGAUGGAGGGAGAAAAAGGCCCUUGGAAUAUGACCAAGAAAGAGAGAAAGAGAAGAGUGCACGAUGAGAAGAAGAGAGUGAAAAAGAACGGUAGCAGUGAUGAUGAGGCGGCUGGAGGAGCUGGAGCAGUGGAAAUGGAUGAAGCAGAAGGAGAAAGGAAAGAGCCAGAUGGAUUGUGGCCUGGAGCUGGAAGACCGAAUCAACCAAGGCCAAGGGUUGAGGAGGAGGGAAAGAGGAGCGGAAAACAGCUUAAAAGACCAAAAAGAGCGACAACAACGGAGGGAAGACGGGUGCAGAAGGAGGAAUGGGCUGAGAUGACUGCAGCUGGAAAGGCUGCAGCGGCUGCGACGGACAAAGAAAAAGGAUGCAUAUUUCAAUCCAAGAGGGGAGAUCCUUGCCGGACCUUCAACGGUGCACGACUUGUUGCAACGACUUUCACUGCCCGUUCUGUGUCUCUGGUUUGUUCUCUCCAACCAAACACAGCCAGGUCAAAAGCCAUCUAGAGAGCCACUUCCACCGUGCAGUUCUCCAUGAAGGUAAAGUUAGCAAACAUUCUCUUGUGAAAUGCAAAUGGAGUUGCAAUGUGUCUGCAUUACAAGCAGCCUGAAUGUUAUGAUCAGUUCCAUUUGAGCAAUACAUCAAAACAAGUCCUAUGAUUUGUUUGUGGUGACCAGUUACUUGAUCCAGAUGUUUGGUAUUCAUAAUUUACACUUUUAAAUAAUAUGAUCACAAAAUAAUAAUACUACAAUUCUAUGUUCUUAUGUUUAAGGGUAUACCAUUCACAGAUGUGCAUUAAAUUGCCGACCGGUAUAUAAUUUCCACUGCAGCUACUGCCAAUCCAUGCUGGCGCGCAAAUCAGACUUUGUAAAGCACCUGGCUUUGUGCAAGGCGAAGCACUCUGCCAUAACCCCAUCAUCCCAGAUCCAUCAACGCCCAUCAUCCCAGAUCUAUCAACGCCCAUCAUCCCAGAUCUAUCAACGCCCAUCAUCCCAGAUCCAUCAACACCCAUAAUGCCUGUCAUCCCAGAUCCAGCAAUCCCCAUCAUCCCAGAUCCAUCGAUCUGAAUUGUGCACCAAUGCCUUAGCCUUUCCCUAUGCAAGACUUUAGAUGACGUCUUGUUCUUAUUGUUUCAAAGGCAUGGCCAAAGGUUUGCUUUCUGGACUCUGGAGGCCAGAAGCUUGCUGGAGGGAACCCUUCAGCCAAUAUUCAGAGUGCCACGCCUCACCCCCAGUGAAGAAACAGCAGACCCCGCCUCACCCCCAGUGACUGACCAAUCCGAUUUAAAGCGUACUCUGUAAUCGUAUCAUUCUUCCAGCUGUAUACUUCCCUGCUGAAUAUAUUUACUGCUUACCGUAUAUAUAAUAUCUUAUUUAUAUCUACUAAUUGAUGUUUGUUUUUGCACUGCUGUUAAGAUGCUAAACUUCACUUUGUUAAUUAAGGUAAUUAAGGUGAAUCUAAUUGUUACGUUCCCACUUGGCUAGGGUACAAACGGGAAACGACACGACCAGAUUGGAUUUGGUAUAUUUGUUACCGGUGGUUUUAUUGUCACUGAAACUAGGCAAAAUGAUGGUCACACAGAUUGGCCCCACAACACGGGUCAAUCUGUCACUAGAAUACAACACAAAGGGUCUCCAAAAGAGAGUUGCCCCGCUAUAGAAAGAAAAACAAAUCUCACUACUCAAGUGGAAACAAGCAAUAAACAAAACGGGACUGUGGAAACACACAGCUGGUGCGGGUUUACAGGUGCUAAUCACCUGGCUCUACGCAAUAUCCACUCACAGGAACGCUGGUCUACAGGUGCUAAUCAACCUGGAUCUAAGCAGUAUAAACACACAGGAAUGCUGGUCUACAGGUGCUAAUCAACCUGGAUCUAAGCAGUAUACACACACACCAAAAUCCCUACGCUAACACAGAACCCGACGACACACUGCUACUCAGUGUGCUCGCCUAGAACCCUACUAUAGACACUGCUAAUCAGUGGAGCUAAUACCAAAGACACAUGCUAAAUCUCAGAAUUCACAGAAUGAAGGCUUAUCACAAGGAUAGGGUUGAGGCAUCUGACACAAAAUACAGAGCAUCCCGACUGUUGUCCGUGCUCAGCCUUUAUACUCCUCCCCCUGAGCGGUCCGGACGGCCAAUGACAGCAGAGGAACUGCACAGCUCAUUUACAUACACAAACAGACUUAAGCUCACAAGGUAGCAGCGGCUGUAACACUAAUCCACUUAAUUUAAUCAGUGCCAGGUAAGGCUACCUAAUGGCGGGGAAUUACAGCUCUUCUUACAAUUGACGCAAGGAACAAUUAGUUUAAAUCACAUUGACCUACAACGCUAUUUAAAGCAUCGUCAAUAUAUCACAUUUUACUCUGUAUUCCUGUUAUUACACAAAGGUAAAACAGCCUGACUGAUACUGGAUUAUUUAGGCAAUAACAAUCAUAUACAACUGACGUAUAAUAUGAGCUCUGCCAAAACUGCCUGACAGCAGACCCCCAGUGUGGAAAUUCAAAUAAAUAAAAAUGUAUUCUGAACUGAAAUGCCUCUCGGUCAAACUGCUUGUUUAUCUUUUGCAGGCUGGUGCAUGAACACACUAACAGUUGUUUUUCAGUAAUCUAGCACCUCUUCGAAGACACCUUUGAUUUAUUAAUAAUAAUAAUGAAACGAGAAUUAUGAUACUGUAGAAGGAACAGUGUUUAACAGUGUUGUUUUCUUUUAACAAAAACAUACCCAAAAAUAAAUUAACAGUGUUGUUUAAUAUACAUUAA